AUGAGUGGUUUGACAUUAGAAGGUGAGCCAACUCAUUUUUAUGAAGAAUAUGCAGAAUAUCUAACAACCAAUUCUGAAGCUUUCAUCUAUUUUCCUGAUGAUGGAAGUGUAAGAACAUAUCAAGUUCAAGUAAAAGUGUCUUCUCAAAACCCAAAUGGAAUGUUUUUCCUUUUGUAG